AUGUCGCCACCAAAGAAGAACGCACCCCCUAAGGGCGCCAAGAUAGCAAAGGUAGCAAAAGGAACCAAGAAGCAACCCCACAGCGUCACUCGCCAUAACUACUCUAAGAAGCCCACUGCUGUCCAGACUCAAGUCUCCAAGAAGGCACAGUCCGCCGCUAUCAAGGAGAAGGAGGCUCAGGACAAGACCCAAUCCCCCUCUGUUGUCGCCAAAGCUGCACCUUCUUCCAACUGGAAAAACCUCAUCAAAACGAUUAAGCCUGCUCCCCGUAAAACUAUACCCGUCACCAAGGCCCCCGCAAAACGGUCGCACGCAGAACUCUCAGAUGAAGAGGACGAUGAGGAAGACGAAGAGGGCACUCCUAAUGCUAAGGCCACCAAAAUGGAUCUCGCUUCGGGAACAAAGCACGACACAACACAACUCUGGUUUGAUGACAUUUCAAAGGACGACCUCGAGAAGGCAUACGGAAAGGCAGGAAAGAAGCUGGAUUAUGACCCCACCGACACAGGAAAGCACAAGAUUGGAAAGUACGUCGGAAUCGAUUGUGAGAUGGUGGGUGUCGGACCAGAAGGAACACAGUCAGCGCUGGCACGAGUCUCUAUCGUCAAUUACUAUGGAGUCAAUAUUCUGGAUCUCUUUGUUCGCCCUCAGGAGUUUGUCACCGACUUCCGUACAGCCGUCAGUGGUAUCACCCCCAAGCAUCUCUUCAAAGCCGUUGAGUUCAAGGACGCCCAAAAGCAAGUCGCCGACAUUAUCGAAGACAAGAUUGUGGUCGGACACGCUGUGCACAACGAUUUCAAAGCCCUGAUGUUGGAUCACCCCCAGCGUCUGAUCCGUGAUACUUCCCGCUACGCACCCUUCAGAGCCUUGACCAAGGGAAACACUCCUUCGUUGAAGAGAUUGGCAUUGGAGAUUCUGGGCAUCAGGAUUCAGGACGGUUCCCAUUCUUCGGUUGAGGAUGCACGGAUAACAAUUUUGUUGUACAGGAAACAUAAAGAGGCUUGGGAUUCUUCAUUGGCACUCAAGGCGAAAAGGCGCGUCCAGAAGGCUACCACAACCCAGAAGAAGGUUGUCGCCAAGUAG